UCCGUACAUGUGAGCAAAACUGACAUGGAAGCCCCCAUGCGCACAUCUGAACUGUAAAGGCACUGCCUGCUAACUAGAUCGUUUUCUUUGUUUUGUUUUCGUGUUUCUUUAGAUAUGAGGUAUUUGCUCCGACUGGGGCACUCGUUUGCCCGCCUUCAUGUCCGUUUAUGUCACCAAAGUGUUUACAGUAACCAUACAAAUCCACGAAGACUGGUAGUGGACCUUGGCGAGAAGAAACUUGAGAUCUCUUCAGGGAGGUUUGCUAGAUUUGCUGAUGGAUCUGCUGUAGUAAAGUUGGGAGAUACCUCUGUGAUGGUGACUGCUGUGAGCAGAGCCAAACCUUCUCCAUCUCAGUUCAUGCCUCUUGUGGUGGACUACAGACAGAAAGCAGCUGCUGCAGGUCGAAUCCCCACUAACCAUUUGAGGCGAGAGCUGGGCACCACUGAUAAUGAGAUCCUCACCAGCAGACUCAUAGACAGAUCGAUCAGACCACUGUUCCCUCCUGGUUACUUUUAUGAUACUCAGGUCCUUUGUAACCUGCUGGCAGUAGAUGGUGUCAAUGAUCCAGAUGUGCUGGCUAUUAAUGCAGCUUCCGCGGCUCUGGCCCUGUCUGACAUCCCCUGGCAUGGACCCAUAGGUGCUGUGCGUGUGGGCAUGGUAGAUGGAGAGAUGCUGAUCAACCCCACUAGGGCAGAGAUGACUUCCAGCAGUCUUAACCUGAUUGUGGCUGGAGCCCCCUGCAGUCAAGUGGUGAUGAUUGAGGCGUCAGCUGAGAACGUGCUGCAGCAGGACUUUUGCCAUGCAGUGAAGGUGGGAGUCAAACACACCCAACAGAUCAUACAGGCCAUCCAGCAGCUGGCGCGAGAACAGAAGGUCACCAAGCGCACCCCCGUCAGGGUCUUCUCAGUCCCGACUGACAUGGUGGAGCAUGUUCGGCAAUUAGCUUCCAAGAAGAUCUAUGCUGUUUUCACUGAUUACACACAUGAUAAGAUUUCAAGAGAUGAAGCUAUCAACAAAGUUCGACUAGAAACUGAAGAGGACCUAAAAGAAAGAUUCCCUCAGGCUGAGCCCUUUGAAGUCAUUGAGUCCUUUAACGUUGUGAGCAAAGAAAUCUUCCGCAAUUUAGUGCUUAAUGAGUACAAGAGAUGUGAUGGGAGGGAGCUUACUGCUUUAAGAAAAAUUUCUUGCGAUGUCGACCUCUUCAAGCCGCUGCAUGGCUCAGCUCUUUUCCAGAGAGGACAAACACAGGUGCUGUGCAGUGUUACGUUCGAUUCCCUGGAAUCUAGUAUCAAAGCAGAUAUUAUCACCACAGCUUUGAGUGGCAUCAAAUCCAAAAAUUUCAUGCUUCAUUAUGAGUUCCCUCCAUAUGCAACCAAUGAGAUUGGAAAGAUGGGAGGCAUCAACAGAAGAGAGCUUGGACAUGGGGCCCUGGCGGAGAAAGCUCUCAGACCAAUUAUUCCUAAAGACUUCCCUUUCACUAUCCGGGUCACUGCGGAGGUGCUGGAGUCAAACGGAUCCUCCUCAAUGGCUUCAGCAUGUGGAGGCAGCCUUGCUCUAAUGGAUGCAGGUGUGCCCAUCUCCUCUGCUGUGGCAGGUGUAGCAGUUGGCCUCAUCUCCAAGGCCAACCCAGAGAAACCUACUGAGAUCCAAGACUACAGAUUACUAACUGAUAUCCUGGGAAUAGAGGAUUACCUUGGAGACAUGGACUUCAAAUUGGCAGGAACAAACAAGGGCAUCACUGCUUUACAGGCUGAUGUGAAGAUCCCAGGUUUGCCUCUGAAGGUGGUCAUGGAGGCUAUCCAACAGGCCACAGUGGCAAAGAGGGAAAUCUUGAGCAUCAUGAACAAAUGUACAGCAAAACCAAGAGAGACAAGGAAAGAUAAUGGACCUGUUGUUGAAAAUGUCCGGGUGCCUGUUUCCAGACGAGCACGCUUUGUUGGUCCAGGGGGCUAUAAUCUUCGCAGGCUACAAGCUCAAACAGGUGUGACAAUAAGUCAGGUGGACGAGGAGACUUUCUCUGUGUUCGCUCCAACACCAGGAGCCAUGAAUGAAGCCCAAGACUUCAUCAGUGACAUCUGCAAAGAUGAUCAAGAACAACAGCUAGAGUUUGGUGCUAUCUACACCGCCACUAUCACUGAGAUAAGGGACAUUGGUGUGAUGGUGAAGCUUUAUCCUAACAUGAGCGCUGUCCUGCUGCACAACUCCCAACUCGACCACAAACGGAUCAAGCAUCCAAGUGCUUUGGGUUUAGAGGUGGGACAGCAGAUACAGGUCAAGUACUUUGGACGGGACCCAACAGACGGCAGAAUGAGACUUUCAAGGAAGGUGCUCCAGUCUCCUGCUGCAACUGUCGUCAAGACACUAAGUGAGAAACAGAGCAUCUCCAUGGGUUCAAGCGACACCACCAGCACCGAUUUGUGACACACCAACACAGCAGGCUACCUUCUGGAUUUGCUGCCAAGGGGGAUUAAAAUUGAGGAGAUUUUGCUACACAACAGUUCUGUUGAGAAACAAGAGCAUCAGAUCUUGUCACAAACUGAACCCAGAGGUUUACCCUGCUGCUGUGGGUAUGGAAGUGAUUAAACUGCACUACACUGCAGCUUAUCAAAUCCUGCCAUCAUCGUGCUUCAGUGGAUAUGCAAAGAUUUUCAUAUUUGGUAUCCACUGUGGCAGUGUGUCCUCUAAGCAGCCAGAAUUGAGAUAUGGACAAAGAAUGCAAAAUGGGAGAAGUGUACAGUUUUUUUUUAUAUAAAUAUAUUCCUUUUAUGUUAGGGUGCAUUUACAGGAUAUUUAAGUCCUGUGUAAAUAAAACAAUGAUUGGUUGCUUUGUAGUGUAAAAAUACCCUGUACACAUAAGAAACUAGCCCAACAUUCAGAUGCUAACAAAGAAAUACACUUAAGUGCCACUAAUUGUUCUCGUACGGAAAAAAGGUAAAUAUAAACAAAUGAAACCGUAUUGAACCAGGUUAUAGACAGGUAGGAGGAAGAAAAUAAACUAUAAAUUGUACCAAAUUUUGGGGCCAGCCAAUAGUCCACAGUGUGGACUCCACACGCAUCAUCCACCCACCCUGUAGCAUGCCUAGUUGUUUCACCACUGUAGUAAAAUGGCUGACUUUAUACAUAGAUGCUGUAAUUCCUGUUUCGGUGGCGCAAUGAGGACAUACACAAGGACCUCAUCACCAAUUGUACGUCCCAUGAAGACAACUGCUCGAUAUGUGCAGGGAUCAGCCAAUGGUCUAAACAAUCUGAUGGUGAAGAGACAGUUUCUGACAUCCAUGAGAUGUGCAGCCGUGAGGCUCAGGAAAUUUGGGAAAUACCCAUGUCAGGAGCUGCUGUGUCCCACUCUGCCAGGAUCUGGUGCCCCAUUGGCUAUUUAUGUGAUAUACUUUAGAAUUGUUUACUUAAAUGAGAAUGUAAUUAUUUGGCCUCUAGCAGAGUUUGUAGUUAUAUUUAUAACUCUCAACCCCUAAUCUUGUGGCAGAAAUAUGCACCAAAUGAAUAUUGAAUCUCUAUGGGGUGACAAUUGAGACAAUUUUAAUACAAUUAAUUAAACGUAAAUGCAUAUGCUCCUCCAUUUCUUCCAUGCUCAACAUCUGUACUAAUAAUCUGAGGUGGUAUGUAAAUCAUUUGUGUGUUUGUUUGGCUUGCUGGUCCGAUGGGCAAGUGCGGGGAACAAAGAUGAAUGUCAAGCUCUCCGGUCCUAGAUGUUUAGAACUUAAUAAAUUCAUUAAAACAUAAUGUGAA